CUGAAGGUCGCUGCCAUGGCGGCGGUGCCGCCUCCUGGCCAGAAUGUGGCGUCCAGGCCACCGUGCUCAACACAGCCCAUCCAGAAGGAUCAAGAACGGGUGCCCGAAGUGUUGGCGGUGGCGACCCCUCUGGCCAUCUUCUACCAUGUGCGCUACGAGAACCUGGUGGGGGGCGUGAUUGGGGGUAUCCUCUCCAACCUGGUGCUGCACCCCAUGGACCUCGUGAAGAUCCGCUUCGCAGUGAGUGACGGCCUCAGAGUGAGGCCCAAGUACAGAGGCAUCGCCCACUGUCUGCACACUAUUUGGAAACAAGACGGCGUGCGAGGCCUCUAUCAAGGACUCACCCCAAACGUGUGGGGAGCCGGGUUAUCCUGGGGACUCUACUUUUGCUUCUAUAAUGCCAUUAAGUCGUACAAGUCAGAGGGAAGAACAGACCAGCUAAAGGCGCCUGAUUAUCUUUUCUCUGCUGCUCAAGCUGGUGCUAUGACACUGUGUUUCACAAACCCCUUGUGGGUGACCAAGACCCGGCUCAUGUUACAGUAUGACCACAGUCCUGAGAAGAGGAAGUAUGAUGGCAUGAUUGACACUUUGGUCAAGAUCUACAAAGCUGAUGGUGUGCGGGGGCUGUACAGGGGAUUUAUGCCUGGGCUGCUGGGAACAUCUCACGGAGCACUUCAGUUCAUGACAUAUGAAAUGUUGAAAAAAAGGUACAAUGAACACAUGGCUAGAAUGCAAGAGGCACAGCUGAGCACCAUCGAAUAUAUAUCAAUUGCAGCAAUUGCAAAAAUAUUUGCAGUGGCAGCCACGUACCCAUAUCAGGUAGUGAGAGCCCGACUUCAAGAUCAGCACAUCUAUUAUCAGGGUAUACGACAUGUAAUCAGAAGGACAUGGAAGAAAGAAGGCAUUCAAGGAUUUUACAAAGGAAUUGUCCCUAAUUUGAUUACAGUGACUCCAGCCUGUUGUAUUACUUUUGUAGUUUAUGAAAAUGUCUCCCAAUUUUUAUGUGACUUGAGAGAAGGCCCUUUAAAAUGAUAAUGCAAAAAUAUCCAUUAAAGAAGUAAUAUAUAGUGCUUGAAAUACAAAACAUGGAAGAAACAGUGAAUAGUAAC